AUGACAAAGACUUCUAGUUCUGAAUCAUCUAACGCCGCGGCUCAAUCUAAUUAUGAUGGAAGUACAUUAAGUUCAGCAGCAGCUUGCUCCGCUGCUCAAUCUCGCAGCAGUGGAAGGAAGCCUGAUUCAUCUUCAGCAGCAGCUAGCUCCGCUGCUCAGUCUAACGUUUGUGGAAAGACUUCUAGUUCGGCAUCAUCUGCUGCUGCUGCUCAGUCUAAUGGUGGAAAUACUUCUAGUUCAGCAAUAGCCAGCGCCUCUACUCAAUCUAAUAACGGUAAAAGAAUAUGUAUUGGACCAAAUGAAGUGUACGUCAAAUGCCCCGGCUGCUCGCCCCAAACCUGCUUGACUAGAAAUAAACAAUACUUUUGCCCGCUCAUACGAGUCUGUAAGCCAUCUUGCCGCUGUAAACAAGGCUACUAUCGAAAUUCAAAACGAGUAUGUGUGCCGAGCAGCCAAUGUGACAUAUGUACUGAGCCCAAUGAAGUCUAUGAUGGAUGCCCUGAUGAUUCGCCCCAAACAUGUGAGAGUAGAUAUGAAACAUAUCCCUAUCCUCUGAUAUCGGCCAGCAAAACGGAAUCCGAUUGAAAUCCAACGUGUCCAAGUAAUGAGAUGUAUUCAAGCUGUCCUCCAAUUCAGUGUGACGCAGAUUAUUGCCCAAACAACAGAAACUCGCCACAGGCUUGUGCGUCCCCGAAGAUAUGUGGAAAGGGAAGAUGUAUCUGCGAUUUCAAUACAAAACGUGAUCGACUAACAGGCAGAUGUAUACCGAUAAAAAAUUGCCCUCCUUUCCCAUGUGACAGACCUAAUGAAAUUUAUGACAGUUGUCCACCCGUGUGCCCAGGACAGACUUGCACAGACUUCAUCAAUAAUACAACUUGUCCUAGAUUCCGUAUAGGCAUAGUCGUUCCUUGUAAGCCAGCAUGUAGAUGCAUAGAUGGCUUUUACCGGGAUAAAGCAGGCUAUUGCAUCAGUGGUCAGAUGUGUAAAGAAUCUUGUAGAGGCGAUUCAAAUGCGGUCCCAGGCUGCGGCAAUAAUUGUGGAAGGAGGUGUUCCGAUUUAGUGACCCCCCGUCCAAUUUGUAUCCUUUCAUGUGAUCUAGAUGGAUGUAAUUGUAAAGAUGGCUUCUAUUAUGACAGUAAUAAAAAUUACUGCGUCUCACCCGAUAAAUGUACAUCAAUAUGUACUGAACCCAAUGAAGUGUACGACAAAUGCCCUGACUGCUCGCCCCAAACAUGUGCGACUAGAGAUAAAAUAUACAACUGUCCGCUAAUACCAGCCAAUAAGAUAGGACCAAACUCAUCUCCGAUAUGCCAAAUCGGAGAAUUUUACGAUAACUGUCCACAAUUUGAGUGUGAAGGAGAAUACUGUCCAGCAAACAGAGAUUCGCCACAGACUUGCCCGACUCCAAUAAUAUGUGGUCGUGGAAGAUGCGUCUGCAAUUUCAAUUCAAAACGUGACCGCUCCACCGGCUUAUGUAUACCCAUUAGAAAUUGCCCUCCGUUUGCGUGUGACAAGCCUAAUGAAGUUUACGAUAGUUGCCCACCAGAGUGUCCUGGACAAAAAUGCACUGAUUUUUUAAAUAACGCAACAUGUCCUAAAUACCCUACAGAUAACACCGUUCCUUGUUCGCCUGAAUGCAGAUGCAAAGAAGGCUAUUAUCGAGACAGUAACAACAACUGUGUCUGUGCUCAGAAUUGUAAAGCCGAACGAGCAGCUCAAACAUGUGAUGAUGUGGAAGGUGACAGAUUAGCGCUCAUACAAGGAAGCAACAAUUUUACUACCAAGUUCUUAUAUGAACUUGUAAAUAUGAAUCCGGAAACAAGCGUAAUCGCUUCUCCUGCUUCAGUUUUGACGCCUCUAGCAGAAUUAGCAUUAUAUGCUCAAGGACCAACGUUUACACAAAUUAUUGCUAUUCUAAAUUUACAAACUAAAGAACAGAUACGCUGUGCCUUUAAAGCUUUUUUGGAUACCUUCCAAGCAACUCAAGAUACAGAGUUGGACCUAGCUAACAAAAUAUACGUAAAUGACGAAUAUAAACUCAGUGAAUCAUUUCAAAACGAUGCCAUGACCAUUUUCGAUGCCGAAGCGGAAGCCAUUGAUUUUGAAAAUCCAAGCCAAGCAGCUGGUGAAAUCAAUGAAUGGGUUUCAGAACAAACUAAAGGAAAAAUCACGAAUCUGGUGUCUUCUGAUAUGUUUGAUUCCUUGACACGUUUGGUGUUGGUUAAUGCUGUUUACUUCAAGGGUACGUGGAAAACAAAAUUUGAUCCAAAUAAAACAGAAUCAACAGACUUUUACGUGAAUCCUUCGAAAACUAUACAAAUACAAAUGAUGCAACUAAAAACGGAAAUGAAAUAUGCCAACAACAAUGAUCUUGAUGCGCAGAUUAUUGAGCUGCCAUAUCUUGAUGAGAAUAUUACUCUUUUAGUCAUCGUGCCAAACCAAAAAUUUGGUUUAUUAGAUGUCAUCAUCCAACUGCAAAACCUAACAAUUUUAAACAUUGUUCUGAAUGAUUUUACUUUACAAACUGUAACGUUGUUCUUGCCCAAAAUAAAUGUUUCAACAACCAUCGAUUUGGAAAAAAAUUUAAAACAAGAUGGAGUUGAGACUGUUUUCACUCCUUGUGCAGAACUAAGUGGAAUAACUGUACCAGAUGAAAGUUUGUAUGUAUCGACUGCUAUUCAAAAAGCAACUAUUGAUAUCAAUGAGGAAGGUUCCGUAGCAGCCGCAACUAAUGGUAAUUAUAGCCAAAAUAAAAUAUAUAUAUUUUUAACCGAAUUCAAGAAAAGAAGGAGGUUCUCAUUUUGCCUAUAUGUCAGACUUAGAAGAAGGUUUUAGGUAUAUUAACAGACUAAAAAAAAUGAAGGUUCGCACUUAAAUACGGUUUCAACGCGGUUUCCAAAUGAGUAUUUUUAGUGUUAACUAUAUAUUAUAUAAUAAUCACUAAAAAGCAUGAAAUAAAAAUAAAUAGAACGAUUUUAAACUUUAAAAAAAAGUGUAAAAUAAUACUUAUGUCUAUAGUUACUUAUUCAAGAAAAUGCUAUUAGACGGGCGGAGGUUUUCUGUAGGUCUUUUGAGAUAAGUAUUAUUUUUCACUUUUUUUAACUUAUCAUAUUUUUUACUGGGUAG